AUGGCCAACAAAAUCCUCCUUGUCUUUAUCGUCUUCGACGUCAUUUUCCUCCUUUGCGCGGGCCUUCAUCUCUUCAUCCCACUGUAUACUCGCAUGAAUAUCAAGGACAACAACAAUGUCAACAAUAUUGCGUCCAACCUCUUGCUGGACAAUUGUCCGCUUACAGUGAGCGUGGUCAACUCCAUUAUCAUGUUCAUCACUUUCCUCCUCUCCGUCCCUGCCCUUUUCAUGCGGCGCAACCGGACGUUCUUGAAGAUCCACGCCUGGGGAAUUGUCAUUGCUGCCCUCCUUACAUUGGCCAUUGGUCUGGACAUCUGGUUCUCCACCCUCCAAACCAAGAAGAACCUCGCUCCGAUCUGGAACGCCCAAACUCCUGCCAUUCAAACCAUGCUACAGACCAAGUUCCAAUGCUGUGGAUACAGUAAUCCCGCGCUGUUUGUCAAGGACCAGACGUGUACUAGUGCGGCGACGGCGGCAAGGCUGGGACCCUGCAUUACCCCCUUCGGCACUUUCGCCAAUCGAUUCCUGGAUGUGGUCUUUACGACGUUCUUCGGAUUUGUCGCUGUUGAUAUGAUGCUCCUGUUGGCGGCGUUGUGUUUGAUCAAGGAUCGAAAGGAGAAGGAACGAUAUAGGCUCAUUGAUGAGAAAAGAGGAUUUGGACCGAUUUAA